CGCGGGAAAGAGAGGCGGUGGAGGGUGGGGGGGUGUUACGUAGUGACGUUAAUUCUAUAUGAGCGCGAGCGGCGGGAGCUUGGGUCUUUUUACCGCCGGCUGCGAGACGCUUCUUCCUCAAUCCUGAGUCACUGCGAGACCCGGCCUCGCGCAGGUUUGUUGCGAUCUGAAAAUAUGGCAGACAUUGACAACAAAGAACAGGCUGAACUUGACCAGCAAGAUAUGGAAGAUGUUGAAGAAGUAGAAGAGGAAGAAUCUGGUGAGGAUGCUAACAGUAAAGCACGCCAACUAACUGUUCAAAUGAUGCAGAAUCCUCAGAUUCUUGCAGCCCUCCAGGAAAGGCUUGAUGGCUUGGUUGGAACACCCACAGGAUAUAUAGAAAGCUUGCCUAAAGUAGUUAAGAGACGAGUAAAUGCACUCAAGAAUCUUCAAGUUAAAUGUGCACAGAUAGAAGCAAAGUUUUAUGAAGAAGUUCAUGAAUUGGAAAGAAAAUACGCUACCCUUUAUCAGCCCUUAUUUGACAAGAGAAGUGAAAUAAUCAAUGCUGUUUAUGAACCUACUGAAGAAGAAUGUGAGUGGAAAACAGACGCAGAAGAAGAAAUUUCAGAGGAAAUGAAAGAGAAGGCCAAGCUUGAAGAGGAGAAAAAAGAUCAAGAAAAAGAUGAUCCUAAAGGAAUUCCUGAAUUUUGGCUGACAGUAUUCAAGAAUGUUGAUUUACUCAGUGAUAUGGUUCAGGAACAUGAUGAGCCUAUCCUGAAACAUUUAAAAGAUAUUAAAGUGAAGUUUUCAGAAGCUGGAGAACCCAUGACUUUUACUUUAGAAUUCCACUUUGAACCUAAUGAAUUUUUCACAAAUGAAGUAGUAACAAAAACAUACAGAAUGAGGUCAGAACCUGAUGAUUCUGAUCCUUUCUCCUUCGAUGGACCAGAAAUUAUGGGUUGCACAGGGUGCCAAAUAGACUGGAAAAAGGGGAAGAAUGUUAUGAAACUAAGCACAUACCUACAUGUUCACUUUAACUAUCAUAGUACAGUUAGAACAGUGACAAAAACAGUUUCCAAUGAUUCCUUCUUCAACUUUUUCAGUCCUCCAGAAGUUCCUGAAAGUGGGGAUUUGGAUGAUGAUGCUGAAGCAAUUCUUGCAGCUGACUUUGAAAUUGGCCAUUUUCUACGAGAGCGCAUAGUUCCACGAUCAGUAUUGUAUUUUACAGGAGAAGCCAUUGAAGAUGAUGACGAUGAUUAUGAUGAAGAAGGUGAGGAAGCUGAUGAUGAGGAAGGGGAGGAAGAAGCAGAUGAAGAAAAUGAUCCAGAUUAUGACCCAAAGAAGGAUCAAAAUCCAGCAGAAUGCAAGCAGCAGUGAAACUGUGUAUGUGGCCUUGAGGAUUAUCUGCACUGUAAUAGCCUAAAUACAACUAUUAGUUACUUACAGCCUUAUGUUUUGUAUCUUGGUAGAAUUAAGUAAACAUUUUGUUAAAACAAACUGACAGAACCAGUUUAAAAUGUAGGUUCCUUGUACCUAGCAUUUUAAUAGUACUUUUCUGCCAAUAUGUAGAAUGCAGUAAAUCCUAAAGCAUGAAUUGUUAAUUCAUUGCUAUAUAUAGUUUGGUUCUAGUGAAGUCUGUUGUCAUGUAGCUAUUAGACUGCAGCUGUGAAGAUAUCAGAACUCUUGACGGAGACCACUAUUUGUUUAGAAAAGAUCCUUUCCCAGAGAACCAACCAAAGUAUUUUUUGGCCCAGUAGUUUAAAUGGGUUUAAGUCUGCUUGCACUGGCUGUGCCUUCAUUACUUUGUCAUAGAAAUAGCAGUGACUCGUACUAAUUAGGAAAUGACAUACGUUUUCAAAUUUCAUAACUUCCAUAUAAACUGUUAAUUUCCAUCAAGACCACAUUGAAUGUUCAUAAUUGUCUGCUUGUUUAUGCUCUAGGUUUUUGUAUUUUGUGAUGGUGACCUACAGAAAAUCUCCAGAAACAUCAUAUUAAGGUUGUUUAUCACUGGGAUGUGAAUAAACCUAGUAUUUUCAGAAA